UUGCCAGCCGCCGCCAUGACUACCACGUCUCCCUCGCAAGUGUGCCAGAACCAGCUCCAGGACUCGGAGGCUGCCAUCAACCGCCACAUCAACCUGGAACCGUAUGCCUUCUACGCCUACCUGUCUAUGUCUUGCUACUUCGACCAGGAUGAUGUGGCUCUGAGGAACUUUGCCAAAUACUUUCUCCACCAAUCUCAUGAGGAGAAGGAACACGCUGAGAAACUGAUGAAGCCGCAGAACGAACGAGGCGGUGGAAUCGUCCAGCAGGGUAUCAAGAAACCAGACCGUGAUGACUGGGAGAACGGGCUGAAUGCAAUGGAGUGUGCACUGCACCUGGAAAAGAGUGUGAAUCAGUCACUGCUGGGACUGCACAAACUGGCUACUGACAAAAAUGACCCCCACUUGUGUGACUUCAUCGAGACGCGUUACCUGAAUGAGCAGGUGAAAUCCAUCAAGGAACUGGGUGGCCACGUGACCAGCUUGCGCAAGAUGGGAGCCCCUGAAGCUGGCAUGGCAGAAUAUCUGUUUGACAAGCACACCCUGGGACUCAGUAAUCAGAGCUAAGCUGAC